AUGGCUAGCAACACCCAACGCGCCAAGCAAGUUCUCAAGCGCCACGGGCGCACCGCCUUCUUCUUCCACUCGACCGUCUUCGUCUCGACCCUCGCCAGCUCCUACGUGGCCAUCAGCCACGGCGUCGAUCUGCAGGCGCUCGCCAAGCACGUGCCGUUCGUAGACCUGACCAAGCUGGACCCGGACGCCGGCACGCUCGCCCUCGCGUACCUCUCCACCUUAGCCACCGGUCCCGUCCGAGGGGCGCUCACCAUCGCCGCGACGCCUCUGCUCGCGCGGGUGCUCGCCCGCACGCGCCAACUCCACAAGAAGUAG